AUGAAUGACGGUACACUAGUCAUUGGUGGAGAGAAGGUUCCGUCGCGAAAUGUAGGCGGUGUUGGUUUUAUUGUGUACCCAUCAGUCGUCCAUCUUGUCGAUUCUCACGAGACCCUGCCACCUCGUAUGGCCAUUCUUCGCUUCCGCCCUCUGCGCCAAAAACCCAUCAGCAUCAUUGACUGCUACUCACCAACAUCAGCAGCUGAUGAAUCCAAAUUGAACGCGUUUUACGAGGAGCUGGGGAAAGUGAUUGGAGGAAGUGAGGAGGUGAUGAAGCAACGAGAAGUCCUUCUACAAAUUCGUUGUCGGAGACUUCAACGCAAAACCUAG